AUGUAAGCCUAAGUUCAAUUAAAGUGGAGUGAUUUGUAAAAAAAUGAGAAAGAGAAUAUCCUUAGAAAUAAUGAUGAAUGUAAAGAUUGAAUUAUUAGCUUAUUAGAACCUAAGCUGGCAUACUUAGAAGAUAAUGUUUAAAAAGUAAAUAGAAUCAGAUUUACUUAAGGUCCAAAUAACAUGUCUAAUUUCAUGAUCGGUUUAUGCGAUAAGAGAAUUCGCUAGGAAAGAGGAAUGAUAUUCUAGGAUAAGUCAUUUGUUGGACAUGGCACAUAUCUGCUUUAUUCAGUGAGUAGCUAUAAUUCAUGUAAGUGUAUAAUUAAUUAAAGUCUUGUUUAGUCAUUGGGAUUUAGAGAGCAAUUAUAAUGAAGGAGGGUUUGUUUUACAUCCAAAUGAGGAAGAGGAAGUUUCAUUCGAUUUGGAGAAAAGAAUAUUGAAAAUAGUAGAUGUCAAGAAACCAGAGAGAAAAGUCGAGUUUAAAACAGAACAUCACAACCUAGAGGACUUGCAUCUUUGUGUAGUAAUCCUAGAUGGGGAACUGACAUUUCAGAUAUGA